UCUACAGAGUCGCAGCACACGUACGCAACAACAUGGGCGCCGCUGACAGCCAACUCUUCCUGCACGUAACAACCCCAGUGGAGCAGGUGAUCUUGUCGACCCCUCGUGUCCUGUUGCUAGGGCAACAAACAAAUCUCUCAGCCCUGGUACUACCUGAGACUCCUAAAACCGCCGUGUACUACUGGUGGAUUGACAACAGCACGGAGCCUGUGGUGACUCUUGAAGGAUGGCUGUUCAUCAGGUUCCAUCAGCUGGGUCCAGCUCACGUCAGCUUGCAGGUGGCGUCAGAGGGUGUAGUCCGCCAAGACAGCUCAGUCAUCAGAGUGACAGAGGUGUUCCGCUCCAUGCUGCUGGCCUUCUCUCCUAAUCUCGAGGAGCACAACCCUGCCAUCCCGGAGUGGAGGGAGGACCUGGCGCGGGUUGUCAUGGCAACCAUCUCCCAAGUUAUUGACUUGUCACCCGAUUGGCUGCUGGUGUAUGUGUUUCCGGGUCCUCCAACAACAGCUGAAGUUUUCCUGCUGUCUCCUAUCGACACCAACUCAUCACAAACACACACACACCAAUCCCCACCCAGUGACGUCAACCAGGAGCUAGAGAAGAUGAGUCAAGUGCUUGCAAAUGCCCUCAACCAGAAUUGGGUAGAGUUUCUGCUUAGUCCAGAGGUCAGGAUAACUGCCCGACUCGCUCACCUUGGUCCAGCCUCUCAGGAGGUGAGGUCUGGCCGUCUGCCUGGCGUUUCUGUCCUGCUGCUCUUCCUUUCGGUGGCAGUACUGGGAGUGCUGACCUUCCUCAUGUACCGCUUUAAAAGACACCACUGA